CUGCAGAAGUGUGAUUGGCGUGGGAGGCGUCCAACGGGCUCGGGCUGGUCAGGGUACCUGCGCGGGACCAAGCGGGAACCGCCGCGCGGCGGCUGGGGAAGCGCGGGGCGGAGGCCGACAUGUUCCAGGGUGCGGACGGCCCGGCUGGCGGGUCUGGCUCCAGAUCCAUGAAGCCCCCAGGAGGAGAAUCCAGCAGUCUUUUUGGAACUCCAGAAGAAGGUAUUCCUUCAAGCAAGCCUAAUAGAAUGGCAUCUAAUAUUUUUGGACCUACUGAAGAACCUAAAAACAUACCCAAGAGGACAAAUCCUCCAGGAGGCAAAGGAAGUGGUAUCUUUGAUGAAUCGACUCCUGUGCAGACUCGACAACGUCUAAACCCCCCUGGUGGGAAGACUAGUGACAUAUUUGGGUCCCCAGUCACUGCCACUGCGCCCCUGGCACACCCAAACAAGCCCAAGGAUCAUGUUUUGCUCUGUGAAGGUGAAGACUCUAAAUCUGACCUGAAUGCUACAGCAACUGCCUCGCCCAAAGGAGAGCAGGGGGAGGACGGCAGCUCAAAAGCAGCCACCCACGCCAAGACACCAGAGCCCACACCUUCGGUUGACAGCCAUGAGCCCAGACUGGGGCCACGGCCUCGUUCCCACAACAAGGUCCUGAACCCACCAGGAGGCAAAUCCAGCAUCUCCUUCUAUUGAGAGGCUCCUGCUCUGCCUGUAAUCAGACAUAGGGUAUUGAAUGUUAGUGCUUCCUUUAACCCAAAUGAGUCAGGGUGGGAGAGGGUUUGUCGUGCGUGUGGGGUUGGCUGCUCAUGGACCUUAUUGCCAUUGGAAGAGUGGCAGAGAGAACUGUGCCUUCCACACUGCCAAGAUACACAUCUGUGGGAUAAAGCAGGGUGCUCUUGUGCCUCCUUCCUAGUUGUUCUGUGUAGAACAGUAAGGUUCUGGGGAGGGAAGGAGAGGCAGUACCCAUUAGCAAAAGGAUCACUAGGGUCUGUCUUGUCCUUGUAUCAGCAGUCUGCUGGCUGUUGGGCAUCUAAGAAUGGUUUGAUCAAAAAAAAAACAAGUCUGCCUAUCUCUCACUGUGGGAUGGAGUAGAAACACAUAAACAGGAACUCUUAAAGACAGAGUGAAGUCUACGUAGCCUCUCCUUUCAGGGAAUGCUUAUCACCAAAAUGUUUCCCCCUCUGAGAUUACCUCUGAACCCUAGUGUCUCCUUCCCUUUUUUCCCCUCAAUACAUCACCCUGUAGUGUUGGAACACGCUGUCCUUUUAGUAGCAGUCAACAGAAAAUCAAAGUUAUUCUAAGUCUUGUCCUGAGUGGAAGGUUUUAUACCCUAAUCCUCUGAAUUGUCCCCUUCCUGCACUUAAAACCGAGGCCAGGUCUAGGUAGCAACUUGUCUUCCUUUAUGGUUGGCUUGGUUUCUGCCAUGCCAAAUUUGCAUGUGAGUUGUUCCUUUUGUUUCUCUCACCAGCCUUAAGUGUUGGACUUAAUUCCUCACCCAUGAGGGGUCUCUUGCAAUUCAUGGUUCUUCUAUAUAUGAGGUCUCUGACUUCUGCAGGGCUUAAAAAACUACUCUGAUAUGUCCAGGUAUUGGGUGAAUUCUUGGUUUCCCUGUCUUGCUUUGUUCCUAUAGUUGGGAGGAAGACCUACUGAAGGAUACUGGGAUGGGCAGGUUUCUUUGCCAGUCUGUUGAAGUUUCUUAUGAAUACCCACGGGUUGUUCUUCUAACACCUAGAAAAACAUUACUGUGGUCCAGCAAAGCAGAAGAACUGCAUCCAAUUCCUCAACCUUGCUCAUGAACAGCCUGGGUAUUAAGCAUUUUGGCAAUAAGGUCACAACUGUCAUUUGACAGUCAUGCUGCUGCCAAUUGUGUCAUUUCAUGCCAGGCACAUGUCCCUUCUGGUUGGCUGUGAAGGGCAGCAGCCAUAGUUCCUUCUUUCCCUCUUGAGGUGAGCAUCUGUGAAAGGGGCUAAGUGGUACUACUUUUGUUCUAGUGCCUACAGAGCUUCAUAGCAGAUGCCAGAAAUGUCCUCAUUAAAUUUUGGAAAGCAACAGUUCUGCAGUCACACUUAUAUUGACCUAGAUGCUUAAGUGCCUGCAGGAGCCACCUGCAAAGUUCUGCUUCCUACACCUGGCUAAUUGAGGGGUUUGGCCAUAGCUGUGUCAACCAAAGAGUUUUUCCCCUUAAGUUGCCCUGUAUCCUGAAGCUAAGAAACAUGUGUGUGAUUCUGUAACGACUCAAAUGGGUUGUGGUUCAGUUGUGAGGAUGUCAUUUGGAAUUCAGAGCAUUUUUUCAUUUAAGAAAAUGUCAUAAAUGUUUGCUUUAUUUAGCCCAGACACUAAUGUCUUUAACCUAUAAGGGAAUAAUACAAUGAUAGGAAUAAACCUCUUAAGUAAAAAAUGAUUUGUGAAUUCCAAAUUGGAUUGUCAAGAAUGAAUCUGACAUCUUUGUGCUGGCCCUGCAGUUAACCCAAUGAGAGAAAAGCUCCAAGCACCACUUGCUGGCCUGGAUGGCUGAGAGUAUAUGGGGACCUGAGACAGUGACCCACAGCAGCUGCCUUAUUCAACUCCCCUGUCUUUCUAUCUCUUUCUCUGAAAGUGGGCUUAGAGCAUGGGCAUUCUGCCUCCUGGGUGGAGGUACUGUCCAGCUAAAUCCACUUUUAUACAGUUAUCACUUGCAUUAAAUUAAGCCUUAAAACUUUUUAAGUGCA